AUGCAGAAAAAUAUACCAAUUUAUAAUUCAUCACGAAUGACUCCAACAACAUAUUCCAUUGCUCCAGAAAAUCAUCAACAUCAACAACAAAUCUUAACAUCCAAUGCAUGUUUAGCCUAUUUUUUAUAUCGAACAGAUAUUGAUGAUUAUAAACCAAGAACUUUAACACAAACACUUGAAACAGUUUUAUCACGAACAAAAUCAAGAGGUUUAAAAGUUCGUCUAUCAUUACAAGAUGAAGGUUUAAUAAUUGAGAAUUUACCCGAUCCCAAUCAAUCGUGGCUGUUUAAAGCGUCAGAAUUAAUCGAAUAUUGGGUUGAUCCGUACUCAAACGAUGUCUGCAUUGUUAUUACUGGAAAUCACUCGCACCAUGCAUUAAUGCCCUAUUCUGCUAGUAUAUUUCGUUUACGCGGAAAAGAUUAUAUUUAUUUCAUUCAAGAAGCUCGAGGCUACUUUGGUCAAUUAAAAAUUGGUAGAAAAACAUGGAAAAGUAGCAGUAUGCAUAGUAAAAAUAGCAGCAGGAAUAAUGAUAUGAUACGUUUUAAAUAUUCACCGCCAGAAACCACAACAACAAUGACGCAACAAAACAUAUCAGUUGAAAAACCGUCACGCGUUGAGAAUUGGCUCAAUGAUAAAAAUCAUCCAUCAAAUAGAAAAGCGCCAAGACAUGCGAGCAGUUCAAAACGUCGUAAUAGCAAUGAAAAAUUGAAAACAACGACUAAGCGUUCAACAUUGACGAUAAUGUCUCCCUCAGAAACGAGUAUUGGACGAACACAAGUAAUAAAAAAUCAUACACAUAACGCACUUUCGACUCCAAAACCAAAUAGUAUUCGUCUUGUAACAAGAUCCGAAUUUGAUACCGGUGCUGCUUCUCCGACAACCACAACAACACCAGAACAAACAAGAAAAACUUUGUACAAUUUUCGAACAUAUAGUGAAUCGGCAGUAUCCAGUAAUGAAUCACAAGUGACAUCAAAAGAUACAAUACUAACAAAAACAAAUAUAACAGAUAAUGAUAAUGAAGAUACAUUUACCACUGUUAGUUCGACAUUGCCAGGUAUCUAUGUAGCGGAAUUGAUUAAAGAAUUAAAAGAACUUCGAGUAGAAAUAGCUGCUCUUAAAACCGAAAGUAAUCUAAAAUCAAAUAAUGAACGAGAUACAUCACAAAUAGAAAUGCGUUCGAUGAGUACAAGUCCACUGAUCCAUCCCACUUAUCAUCAAGACGAAUUUCUUCCACCAUCGUUAGAUGAAACAACAGUAGUAAAACGUCCAUUUCAAAUAUCACACAUUAGCGAAACUAAACCAUCUACCACCAUCGCACCACAAACGAAUUACCCACAACCACCACCAUUACCAUCACCACUACCUCCUCCUCCACCACUUCUAUUAAAAAGUGUUCCAACAAUUGUCACUAGUGUUAGACAACGAACACACUCAAACACAAACAAAAAAUCAUCAAAAGAAAAACAUACAAAACGAAACCCAUCAGGAAGUUCAACAACAUCGACCACUACAGUAACCGUUUCCGAUGCAGAAGGUGACUAUAAAUCAAAGUCAUAUUUGUUACAGCAUAAUCUCAUUGACCUAAGACACUGA